UGCUGUGCAGAGAAUCAGACCGCUUGCUCGCUAGAAGGAAGUGCUUCUGAAGUGGCACUGGUUUUAUUAUGAUGCACAUGAGCAUUCAUCUCUUCGGAUAAAAUUACGUAAUUCCCGACAUCAGAACAGAGGGAUUUAGCCCGGGUGUAUUCAUCUCCCCGGUACAUCUGGAGCUGUAGAGGCUGUUUUAACCGGAGCAGCGUGGGUUAAGGUGGGCCUUGCCCGGAUAUCUGUCUGACAAGCGAACCAAAACCGAUCCGGUACCCGCCUCAAGAUAACCAGCAUAGUUAGUCCUCCAGAGACUACACUCGGAGACCGUUUGGACUAUAACACACACUAGCCAGAUGGCAGAUAACCUAAGCGAAGCCCUGAAAACGCUGAAGCUCUCAUCGGCAGACAGCGCUUCAGACAGCGUCGAGGGCUGCUUGGACUGCCUGCUCAAAGCUUUGGCCCACAAUAAUGUUGAGACUAGUGAAAAGGUCCAGGAGAUGGGUGUUCUUGCCAUGAUGCCCGCUCUUCUGUCUGUGCAGAACUCAUGUACACCAAAAGUAGCCAACAUCAUUGCAGAGGUGGCCAAAAAUGAGUUCAUGAGAAGCCGGUGUGUGGAAGCAGGGCUCAUUCCUCCACUGGUUCAGCUGCUAAACUGUAAGGACCAGGAAAUUCUGCUCCAGACGGGACGGGCCCUCGGCAACAUCUGCUACGACAGCCAUGAGGGCAGAAGUGCAGUUGACGCAGCGGGUGGUGCUCAGAUAGUUGCCGAGCACAUUAAGUCUCUGGCCCAAAGCACUGACCCGGCCACCGGGAAGCUCUUGACUGUCUUUUGUGGCAUGCUGAUGAACUAUAGCAAUGAUAAUGACUCGCUGCAGGCCCAGUUGAUCAGCAUGGGUGUGAUCCCAACACUGGUCAGACUGCUGGGUGUUCAUUCUCAAAACACCGCGCUCACAGAGAUGUGUCUCAUUGCCUUUGGCAACUUGGCAGAGCUUGAGUCCAGUAAGGAGCAGUUCGCCUCUACAAAUAUUGCCGAGGAGCUGGUCCGGCUCUUCCGUAAGCAGGUGGAACAUGAGAAGAAGGAGAUGAUCUUUGAGGUGUUGGCACCACUUGCUGAGAAUGAUGUGAUCAAGCUUCAGUUGGUGGAUGCUGGUUUGGUGGAGUGUCUUCUGGAGGUGGUGGCUCAGACGGUGGACAGCGACAGGGAGGAGGACGUGGCUCAGCUCAAGACGUCCUCGGACCUCAUGGUCCUUCUGCUGUUGGGAGAUGAGUCGAUGCAGAAGCUGUUUGAGGGUGGUAAGGGCAGCGUGUUUCAGAGGGUUCUCUCAUGGGUGCCCUCCAACAACCACCAGCUCCAGCUAGCGGGAGCGCUAGCCAUCGCUAACUUUGCCCGUAAUGAUGGAAACUGCAUCCACAUGGUAGACACUGGUAUUGUACAGAAGCUUCUUGAGCUGUUAGACAGACAUGUUGAAGAGGGGAACGUCACGGUGCAGCACGCCGCCCUCAGCGCUCUGAGGAACCUGGCCAUUCCGGUGGUCAACAAGUCUAAGAUGCUCUUGGCUGGUGUGUCGGAUGUAGUGCUGAAGUUCCUUAAAUCCGAGAUGCCACCAGUCCAGUUCAAGCUCCUGGGAACAUUACGGAUGCUCAUCGACACACAGGCUGAUGCAGCAGAGCAACUGGGGACAAACCCAAAGCUGGUGAAGCGUUUGGUGGAGUGGUGUGAAGCGAAAGACCACGCCGGAGUGAUGGGAGAGUCCAACCGCCUGCUGUCCGCUCUCAUACGACACAGCAAGUCAAAGGAUGUGGUCCGAACAGUCAUACAAGGUGAAGGUGUUAAGCACUUGAUAACCAUGGCGACGAGUGAACACAUGAUCAUGCAGAAUGAAGCGCUGGUGGCCUUGGGUCUCAUAGCAGCACUAGAUCUGGACUGUGCAGAGAAGGACUUUGUCGACUCCAAUUUGGUGCAGGUUCUACACAAACUACUGACAGAGGAGCACAGUGCACCAGAGAUCAAAUACAACUCCAUGAUUAUCAUCUGCUCCAUCAUGGGAUCGGAGCCGCUUCACAAAGAAGUGCAGAGCUUGGCCUUUAUCGACGUGGUCUCCAAUCUCCGCUCACACGAGAACAAGACGGUGGCCCACCAGGCCUCUCUCACAGAGCAAAGGUUAACAGCACAGAGCUAAAAGACUCUUACACACCAUCUCCUCCCUGCCUGCUUCCCCUCACACACAUAUCUCUCGUUGUCAUGUGCCAAGAUGUUGCCCCUCUGCAUUCCCUGCUACAGACUCUGAAAGCCCUCUGUUUGCUCCAAGCAUGCAGAGACGCGUUACCCAAAGGCGGCCAUACUUUAUAGACAGCCUUCUGCAAUAGAUUCAUACCCGAACUGCAAAAUAUUUUUAAAAGACCAUAGCUGUGAUAAAAAAAAAAAAAACCAUUAAAGGUUUAGUCAAAACAA